UUAUUAUCAAUUUGUUUUCUUCUCGAGAACAAGCAAGAAGAAAACGAGCUACGACGCGCAGAGCUGCUGACGCUGAUAUGGCGUUCCAGGACCACUUCUCUCAGGAAAUGGCCCUCCACCAGCAGCAGCAAAACGCGGCCGUUUUGCACUCCAUGCUCCCCGCCGAUCACCACUCCUCGCCUAAAUCGCCGCCCUCUACGUGGCUCAACACCUCCCUCCUCCGCCAGCACAGCCACCACUUCUCCGCCCCCACCGACGGCGCUGCGACCGGCUUCCUCCACCUCCAGACUUCCAACUCCGACUCCUCCACCUCCAACCACUGGCUCUCGCCCGCGGGCGAGGGGCUUAAGAGCGACGACGUCUCGGAGCCGAUUAAUAACAAUAACGCGAUUAAUAAUGAGGAGAGCAGGUGGGAGAGGGAGAAGUGCAAGGCGGACAUUCUGAAUCACCCGCUGUACGAUCAGCUCCUGUCCGCGCACGUAUCGUGCCUGAGAAUUGCUACGCCGGUCGACCAGCUGCCGAGGAUAGACGCCCAGCUCUCGCAGUCCCAAAACGUCGUCGCUAAGUACUCUGUUCUCGGUCAAGGUCAACAGCCUGUCGACGACAAAGACCUUGAUCAAUUUAUGACACACUAUGUUUUGUUGCUCUCAUCAUUUAAAGAGCAACUACAACAACAUGUCCGAGUUCAUGCCAUGGAAGCAGUCAUGGCUUGCUGGGAAUUAGAGCAAUCUCUGCAGAGUUUAACAGGGAUGGCACCAGGUGAAGGGACUGGAGCAACAAUGUCUGAUGAUGAGGAUGAUGAACAGGCUGAUAGUGACACCAACUUUUAUGAUGGAGGGUUGGAUGGAGCGGAUGCAAUGGGCUUCGGCCCUCUUGUGCCCACUGAAACUGAGAGGUCUUUGAUGGAGCGUGUGAGACAAGAACUGAAGCAUGAGCUCAAACACGGUUACAAGGACAAGAUUGUGGACAUCAGAGAGGAAAUUUUACGCAAGAGAAGAGCUGGAAAGCUGCCUGGUGAUACGACAUCUGUCUUAAAAGCCUGGUGGCAGUCGCACUCAAAAUGGCCAUAUCCAACGGAGGAAGACAAAGCGCGAUUAGUACAGGAAACUGGCUUGCAACUAAAACAGAUAAACAACUGGUUCAUCAACCAAAGGAAAAGAAACUGGCACACUAAUCCUUCAUCCUCAUCCUCUCAGAAAAGCAAACGCAAGAGUACGGGCGAAAAUAUGAGCAGCGAGCACUUCAUUUGAGGGGUAGAACUUGUAUAGUCGCAAUCCCAUUAAAAUCAUAUCUCUGUAUACAAAUAGUUAACACUGGACAUGAGAAAUGAGCGUCUCAAGAUUCAGCCGAAGGUUGCCGAUUGUAAUUGCAGAAGUUUUUGCCACUAGACCGCUGGCCGGGUAUGGAGGAUUGGCAGAUCCACUUCAAGAUAGUUAGAGUAUGCUUUUGAAUACAAUGUGACGUCCAUAUUAUUAAGCAGCAGUGCAUAUUUUCCCACUUCUUUAAUGAGGUUCUUCAAUGUUCAGUAUCUAUUGAAAUGCUUAUACACUUAAAUAUUAUUCACUUAUGCAUGCUUUGUAAGUUUCACCUUUUUUUGUUCUUUUAAUGUGAAUAUUAGUAGCGAUUGGUCAUGGUUAGUCCUUCGAAGUUCGAAUAGCUGUAAAUGGUUGAUUCCUAUUGAAUGAACGCCAUAUAUUACCUUAUUUUUCAGUGGAUA